UCGAAUUAAGCAAUUUGGUGAGCGCGUACACUGUGCUACAUUGUAAUUUUCUCCUGGGAAAAAGACGAUAAGAAUUCAGUGAUGGGAAUCCAGAGAAAUACCAUCUUGUUUCUUGCUUCGCUCACGUUGACAAUGUCCGUUUGCACGUGUGACACUACAGACGCGUGCAAUGCCUUGGAAACCCUGGUCUGCAGCAAUCAACAACAACUUCUGGCACAGCUUCAGAGCUCUGUUCUACAGCUUCAGUCAACUGUGGUUCAGAUGCAGGCUGGAAAAGAGCGAGGAGCUUCACAAGGCAGCCAUAUUGUCCAGUGCACAUGGAACCAUAGCAGUAUGGGGGCCGCUAAAUCCUUAUCAUCGGGACUUGUUAAGUCGUGUUAUAUUACAAAGAAAAGCUCGAAGUCUGCAUUGAGGGUGAAAUGGUCAGGUGAUGUGAGACUGUUUCAUACGUCUUCCAGCGGGUAUGCCUGCAAACGCUGGUAUUUCACCUUCAAUGGCGCCGAAUGCAGCUCUCCAGACGCCAUAGAUAUUGUGGUACACACUAAACUCGGAGAGCCAACUGAGAACUUCCAUAAAACGACGUCAGUUGAAGGCCUUUGCUUCAAUGUUCCCGCCGGUGAGCUAACAGUUGGCUUCAACAUCGGAAAAUGCAAAGUUGGGAACUAUCCAGAGGGCAACGCCCUCACUGGCCAUUUUGGCGUGUCCCGUAUCAUCGUAGAGGAGGUGACAGUGAUUUGAUGUCAAAGAUAUCCAACUGAUGACUGACGCAUCUUUACCUGAUUUGUGUACUCUUGCAGUCAACUUGCAAAUGCUUUCAGUAAAGAAUU